AUGAACAAGGCAAUCUCAGCUAAACUCAGCCUCAACUUGAUUUCUAAGCGCUUCAAUGUAGCAGAUUUCGGUUGUGCGAGUGGACCAAACACUUUUGUGGCAGUGCAAAACGUAAUUGAUGCUGUAGAAGACAAGUACCGUUACGAAACAGGAAAUAACCUGCCCGAUAACUUCGAGUUCCAAGUCUUCUUUAACGACUACAACAAAAACGAUUUCAACACUCUCUUCCAGGGACUUUCCCCAGAAAGAAGUUACUAUAGCGCUGGGGUUCCUUGUUCCUUCUUCGAGCGUGUUCUUCCCAAGAAGAGUUUCCACAUAGGAAUGAUUAAUUACGCAUUCCAUUUCAUGUCCAAAAUCCCCAAAGGGAUCACGGACCGGGACUCUCCCCUGUGGAACAAAGACAUGCAUUGUACUGGCUUCAAUGAGGCGGUCAAGAAAGCAUAUCUUGAUCAGUACUCAGUCGACAUCAAGAAUCUAUUGGACGCCAGAGCUGAAGAGCUCAUCCCCGGGGGAUUAUUUUUAAUUUUUGGAUCUUGUCUAAGAGACGGAGUAAAGAUGUCUGAGACCUUUAAAGGAGUAGGGAUGGAUUGCAUUGGAGCUUCUUUCAAUGAUCUUGCUCAACAGGGUCUCAUUGAGCAAGACAAGGUGGACUCUUUCAACACCCCUCUCUACAUAGCAGAGGAAGGUGAGUUGAGACAAAUCAUAAAGGAGAACGGAAAGUUCACAAUCGAGGCUUUUGAGGAUAUCAUUCACCCAAAUGGAGAAUUUCCGCUAGACCCCAAGUCCUUGGUCGCAUCCUCCAAGGCCAUCUUUGGAGCGUUCUUAUCCGCACAAUUUGGAGUGGAUGUGAUGAGGAAAGCCUUUGAGCUCGUCGAGGUUAAGGCAAGGGAAGAGUUUUCUCGCUUCAAGAAUGCCAAACCUGGAAUGCAGUACCUCAUCGUGCUUCGCAAGAACUAA